AACGUGCUUGAGAAGAGUCGGAUCCGAGGAAGAAAAAAUAGUUAUCACGUUGCUAAUUUAUUUUUUAAUUACAGUUCUCAUACCAUAAUAAGAUGGAUCUUGCUGCACCGACCGUCGAGAAUGCAGGACAGAUAGUGAAAGAUGACUUGGCAGAGAAAUGUCAAAAGCUGUUUCAAGCAUUCUUGGAAGAAUAUCAAACGGGGGAUGGAGAGGUGAAAUAUGUUCGUGAGGCUGAGGAGUUGAUCCGACCUGAGAGAAACACUCUGCUUGUAAGCUUCACUGACUUGGAAGGUUUCAACCAGGAACUUGCAACCACCAUCCAGGAAGAGUUCUACAGAGUGUAUCCUUUCCUGUGCCGCGCUGUGCGUAACUUUGCUCUAGACCAUGGAAAUGUACCAGUGAAUAAGGAGUUCUAUGUGGCCAUCCAGGACUUGCCUACACGACACAAGAUUCGUGAAUUGUCUUCCCUACGUAUCGGCUCUCUGGUGAGGAUCAGUGGCCAGGUUGUCAGGACCCACCCAGUACACCCCGAACUGGUGAGUGGCUGCUUCAUGUGCAUGGACUGCCAGGGGAUGAUCCGAGACGUCCCCCAGCAGUUUAAGUACUCCCCGCCCACUGUCUGCCGAAACCCCGUCUGCAACAACAGAAGCCGCUUCCACCUGGACACCCACAAGUCCAAGUUCAUAGACUUCCAGAAGGUGCGUAUCCAGGAGACCCAGGCGGAGCUGCCGCGAGGCUCCAUCCCUCGCUCCCUGGAGGUCAUCCUCCGGGCCGAGGCUGUAGAGACUGCCCAGGCUGGAGACCGCUGUGACAUCAUCGGCUCUCUCAUCGUGGUGCCAGACGUCUCGCAGCUCAGCACGCCAGGUGUGCGCUCAGAGACGAGUUCUCGUGUUGGAGGAGGGCAGGGCCACGAGACUGAGGGUGUGAGGGGCUUAAAGGCCCUGGGAGUCAGAGAGCUGUCCUACAGACUGGCCUUCCUCGCUAGCCACGUAGCCCCCACUAACCCACGUUUUGGAGGGAAGGAGAUAAGAGAUGAGGAACAGACCGCUGAGAGCAUCAAGAGCCAGAUGUCCGUGAAGGAGUGGGAGAAGGUGUUUGAGAUGAGCCAAGACAAGAACCUCUACCACAACCUGUGCACCAGCCUCUUCCCCACUAUCCACGGGAAUGACGAGGUGAAGCGUGGUAUUCUGUUGAUGCUGUUUGGGGGGGUUCCUAAGACCACCAUGGAGAGAACCUCGCUGAGAGGAGACGUCAACAUCUGCAUCGUAGGAGACCCCAGCACUGCCAAGAGCCAGUUCCUGAAGCAUGUUGAGGAGUUCAGUCCCAGGGCGGUGUACACCAGUGGGAAGGCUAGCAGUGCUGCAGGUCUGACCGCAGCUGUGGUCAGAGAUGAGGAGUCCCAUGAGUUUGUCAUCGAGGCUGGAGCUCUCAUGUUGGCUGAUAACGGUGUGUGCUGCAUCGAUGAGUUUGAUAAGAUGGAAACGAGAGACCAGGUGGCGAUCCACGAAGCUAUGGAACAACAGACCAUCAGCAUCACCAAAGCGGGAGUCAAGGCCACACUGAAUGCCCGUACUUCAAUCCUGGCAGCAGCGAACCCGGUCGGUGGUCGAUACGACCGCAGCAAAAGUCUGAAGCAGAACGUGAACCUGUCUGCUCCCAUCAUGAGUCGCUUUGACCUCUUCUUCAUCCUGGUGGACGAGUGCAACGAGGUGACGGACUACGCCAUAGCCAGGCGCAUUGUGGACCUUCACUCCCGCAUUCAGGACUCUGUGGACAGACUCUACUCUCUGGAUGAGAUCCGCAGAUACUUGCUCUUCGCUAGACAGUUCAAACCUAAGAUCUCCAGUGAGUCAGAGGAGUUCAUAGUUGAGCAGUACAAACGGCUGAGGCAGCGUGAUACUUCUGGAGGCGUGUCCAAAUCCGCCUGGCGAAUCACAGUGAGGCAGCUGGAGAGCAUGAUCCGCCUAUCGGAGGGCAUGGCUCGAAUGCACUGCUGUGAUGAGGUGCAACCUAAGCAUGUGAAAGAAGCAUUCCGCCUGCUGAACAAAUCCAUCAUCAGAGUGGAGACGCCCGACAUCAACCUGGAGCAGGACGACGACAUGGAGGAGGCUGAGGACGAGAACGGUCACGACGUCCCUAACGGACACGCGGACGGGACGAACGGACACGCGGACGGGACGAACGGACACGCCGACGGUCACGGUGUAAACGACCAGGGGGAAAAUGGAAGCCAGGCCAAGCCUUCCCUGCGUCUGUCCUUCCCAGAGUACCGUCGCAUCUCCAACUUGCUGGUCUUACACCUGCGCAGGGCGGAGGAAGAGGAGGAGGAGGAGGAGCUGAGGAAGAGCGCGGUAGUUAACUGGUACCUGAAGGAGGUGGAGUUUGAGAUUGACUCAGAGGAGGAACUAAUCAACAGGAAGGGGCUGAUAGAGAAGGUCAUCCACAGACUGGUGCACUAUGAUCAUAUCCUGAUCGAGCUCUCCCAGGCUGGACUUAAGGGGGCAGAGCCAGAGACUCAAGAAGAGGAAGUUGUUCUGGUGGUCAACCCUAACUAUACCCUGGAUGACUAGAGUAGGCUCUAAAGGCCUUCUCCUUCUCUAAGACUUUCCUGGUUUUAUAAUAAACUCCUGUGGGGAGUUGUUUAUUCUUUACUGAAUGCUCUUGUGUAUGACAAAUUACAUAAUUACGACAUUCAAAGCAUUUGAGCUUUUAUAAGGACUCUUUCCUGUUAUGGAGUUAAUGAUUCCCAUUUCAAAAACCAGUAUUGUUUAUUUUUUUAAUCUUAGCCACUUCAUCAUUGUAAAUAUGCUGCUUGGUUUCUGAAUAGAAGUGGCAAUUGUAUGUUUGAGUCAUAGGAUUCAAAGCUUUUUCUAUAUGUUCAAUAUCCAUUUGAGAGGUGAGGAUAACUUGUCAGUUUAAAGUUAUUUUAGCUGAAUGUUGUAAAUAGUUUUUACCAUUUCUUGACAUGAGAUGGUCAUGAGAUGGUGUUAGUACUUGCUCCCUGCCCCUUUGUAUAAGAGAAGUAUAAACGUUAAUUUCCCUAGUAUGAUGCAUGUGUCGUCAAUGAUUCAAACCCCCACUUAAUCCGGAGCAAGUAGCAAAUACCAUGAUUUAGACUAAAUGUAGAACGUUCCACUGAACGUUGUGCUCCUGAGUGGGUGCAUCAGAACUGCUUUGUGACUGUAUCAAGGGCUACUGUCGUAAAAUGUUG